CGGUCUCUCUCGCCCCUCGAUCGCCAAAUGGCCUCUCUUCCGUCGAUUCUUCUCGUGGCUUUCGUACUGCCGCUGUCGAGCUGCUUCGCGGAGAGUUUCAGCAGCCGCAAGGAGCUCAGGGAUAAGGAAGUUGACAGGGACAUGGCCAUCGCAAUGGAGAACUCAUUUAUUUCCAACAGAGUUGACCCCUCACGAGUUGUCCAGCUCUCGUGGCGACCAAGGGUCUUUUUGUAUAGGGGUUUUAUGACAGAUGAAGAGUGUGAUCACCUUAAGUCGUUGGUCCAUGGCACAAAUAAGAACAUCAGGAGGGAUGAUGAUUUGGAGGAAGUUGCUAGGCAAAGGCGUUCAUUGAGAUCUGAAAUUCCAUUAGAUCUGACAGAUGACAUUGUGACAAGGAUCGAGGAAAGGAUUUCAGCUUGGAGUUUUCUCCCCAAAGAGAUGGGCAGGCGCAUACAGAUAAUGCAUUUUGGGUCUGAAGAAGGUAAACUGAAGUAUGAUUAUUACGGUAAUGCUUCCGUGCCAACACAAGCCAAGAAUUUGAUGGCAACGGUUAUUUUGUAUCUGUCAAAUGUCACUCAGGGUGGGGAGAUACUUUUCCCUGAGUCAGAGCUGAAUGGCAAGAGCUGGUCCGAUUGUAGCAAGAGUGAUGACAUCUUGAGACCAACGAAAGGGGAUGCUAUCUUGUUUUUCUCUCUCCAUGUCGAUGCAUCUCCUGACACGAGAAGCUCCCACGCCAGGUGCCCCGUACUUGAGGGUGAAAUGUGGUGUGCCACGAAGCUCUUUCACAUACGACCCCUAGACAGUGAAAAGACAUCUUUGGACUCCGACAGCAACGGCUGCACUGACGAGGAUGAGAACUGUCCGAGAUGGGCCGCCACUGGAGAAUGCCAAAAGAAUCCUGUAUACAUGAUAGGCUCACCAGAUUACUAUGGGACAUGUCGGAAGAGCUGCAAUGCAUGCUGAUGGUGCCCUUACACAGCUUUGCCCCGAAAGCUUAGGUUUUGACUUUUGAGUCCUUCACUUGUUUACCUUACAAAAUGUAAAUGGUCAGGAAGAGUUUCAGUUUCUCAUCGACUCCAUCUGAUGCUAAAGAGAGUUUCAGGUUCCCGUGUCGACAUUGGUAGGGGUGCUUCAAGUCGGGAUUUUUUUAGAACAGCAAUCAGUUGCUAAGACGAGACAAAGCUAACCAUGUUACAGAAAACCAUACAAGGAUUUGGUCUUAAUGGAAUCUGAUCCCAUCGUUGUAAUUCUUCUU